CGUUCCAGCCCUACUUCAAGGAGGCCAUCCGGGGUAAUGGGCCCCAUCAUGAUCGAAGUUGUGUUUACGACGAGAGCAACGUAGUAGAUGGAGUUUACUGCCUCCCAAUAGCACACUGGAUUGAAGUCUCUGGACAUACUGAUGAGAUGAAACAUACAACUGACUUCUAUUUUAAUAUUGCAGGACAUCAAGCUAUCCAUUACUCCAGAAUUCUGCCAAACAUCUGGCUGGGAAGUUGCCCUCGGCAGCUGGAGCAUGUGACCGUCAAGCUGAAGCACGAGCUGGGUGUUACGGCUGUGAUGAACUUCCAGACUGAAUGGGACAUUGUUCAGAAUUCCUGGGGCUGCAACCGCUACCCCGAACCCAUGAGCCCUGAAAUCCUCAUGAAACUGUAUAAAGAGGAAGGUCUGGCCUAUGUCUGGAUGCCAACCCCAGACAUGAGCACUGAAGGAAGAAUACAGAUGUUGCCACAAGCUGUCUGCCUCUUGCACGGGCUACUGGAGAAUGGACACACUGUCUACGUUCAUUGCAAUGCUGGCGUUGGCAGGUCUACGGCUGCUGUCAGCGGCUGGCUGAAGUACGUGAUGGGAUGGAGCCUGCGGAAAGUGCAGUACUUUUUGGCUUCCAGGAGACCAGCUGUCUACAUCGACGAGGAAGCUCUGAUUCGUGCUGAAGAUGAUUUCUACCAGAAAUUUGGGCGUCUUCGUUCCUCAUGCAAACUACAAGAGUAGAAAAGCAGAAGAGGAAAAAGAAGGUGAAGAGGAAUCCUUACAUUUGAACCCCAAGGACUUAGAAAUCAUGAGCCCUGCCUCUCCUCUUCAGAUUAUAAGCUUGUCACAGAAGUCAUGAGAGUUUUGUGAAAAAAAGUGCCUUUGAGGGUUUCUUACUUGCUUUCUUUAAGCUGAUACAAUUCAUAUUUUCAAGCCUUUUUCUGCAAGUAUGAGACCUAGAAACUCUGCAAAGGGAAACUAAGAUUUUCUUUUAGCUACUUGCCUAUAGGAACUGAGGUUUUAGGGUAGACACUAAAUAAGACGUGAUGUGAACUAGUUAGAGUUGCAAUAUUUCAGUGACAAGGAAGGGAAAGCAUUCUCAGAAAAACACAUACAAAGCUUGACUGGAUUAAAGUUCAGGUUAGGAUGGAGCCGAUCAUGGUCAAAUCUGCUCAGUUGUUUUAGGUAGAGUGUACAUUACUGAGGUGUUUUCUAGUAAUUUUGUAGACAAGUGGUAUUAAUGAGAAAGACCAGAAGGAAACUGAUUUUUCAGCUCAGCUUCUUAAACAAAAAGCUGAUGUCUAAUGCAGUGAACUAAAAUUUGCUUUCUUUGCCUGUUCUAGUUAAUGUUAAAUAUUAUGAGUUACAGCUAUAUUCUUUUAUGACAUUGGGAUUAUGCUGGGAUGUGGCAUGAAGAGAGGAAACAGCUUCAUUUACUGCAGUCUUACUCUGUUGCAGGGAAGGACUACUAUUUAUGACAUUAUCCUAGGCUGUGAGGUCUCUAAGUCAAAGAUAAUAACAUAUCUUCUGGUCUCUUCUGGUCUAUGCAGUGGUAUACAGUGGGCUCCCUAGGUGCCAAGUCAAUCUAAGCAGUAACCACUGGGCUAAAACAGGACCUACAGGAGCUGUGUGGUAAACCUCUGUGCAUGGUUGAUGCCACAGCCUCCAUGUUGUUGGCCUGGAUGAAUUUCUUCACUAUAGCAAAAGUCUCUUCUUGCACAAGCAGCAUGUGGAUGUGCACAGAUGCUGGAUUUAGCCAAGUGAAGCAAAUACAUUCCUCUGCAGGAGCAAAGAGCAACUCCGUGGAGGGUUUCUGAGGACCCUAAGCCUGAAGUUGGGUUUGUGGAUGAUCCCUAACUUUUUCCAGUGCUGCUCAGUCCCUUAGCUAAACUAAGCAGUGGCGCCAACAGCUUCCAGCCCUGCUCAGGUAAAACCAGUUUGCUGUAGGUUAAGUCCAAGAGAGAUGAGAGAGAAAGCAUUUCCUAAGGAGCAGAGAAUUAAGGAUGUAUAAACAUUAAGAAACCUAAUUUCUAUAGGUUUAUUGUUCAGUGAAAUCUCAUUUUUUUUCCAGCCAACUUGACCCUCUGAAGACCCAGUGAGUGCAGAGUAGUUUAGCUGAUUGAGUAGUUGAUUAUCUGAAUACUUA